AUGUCUAAUAAAGAGAAGUCUAUGAGCGAGCGUCUGAAUUUGAGACUUCCUGACGGUCCUGCAAAAAAGAAACUUGAAGAAGCGGCAGCGGCAGAGAGAGCCAGACAGGAGAAAUUGGAAACAAAGCAGUCAGAAAAAUAUGAAAAUAGAGGAAGGGGUGAAGGAACUCCUCCUCCUCCACGUAAACGUUCAAGCAAUGUCGACAGGGAAGAAUCUCCACCUAGAGAACGAUCUACAAAAACUGUAGAACCACCGAGACCAGCGAGAGACUUUCAAGAUUAUGCGAAAUUCCGGAACAAUGGCAAUGAAAUCCCGACAAACCGAAGGGCUCGAGGAUCAUCUCGGGUACGGAAUGAUGACCCCCAAGGACGACCAGAGAGUGAACGGCACACACAUAAGCAGACUCUUCCCGAGCGUCCUCGCCAGAAACAUAGGAAGAAUCCAUUGCCAGCAGACGAUUUGUACUCAGAUUACAUAGAUAGAAAGGGGGCAGAAGAGCUUAAACGUGAUCGCAAGAUAAAAGAUCAUGAAAGACGCAGAAGAGAGGAGAAAGAGGAGAAAGAGAAGCAAGAAAGAGAGAGAAAAAGGGAACAAGAAAAACAGGAUGAGCGAUAUAGAAGAGAAAGAGAAGAAGAGGAAGAACUAGAGCGCGCUUGGAGGGACAAUCUCCAAGAGAAGCGUGAAAGAGUAGCUCAAAAUAUAGCAAAUGAGGAGUCUGCUCGGCAAUCUAAACCAAGAACAGCAAGGAAAAAAGUGAACAGAGACGAAGGGGAUAGAAAGACCAGAGAGAGAAGCAGGAGUGGAGAUCGGUACCAUAGAGACCAUGCGCGCGAAGGACGAGCUCCUCCAGAUAUAAGUGAAGGUGAUCGACCUAGAAGCUAUAUACCAUACGAAUAUGAGCCUGUUAACAUUCCCAAACGGGUCCCAAAAUCAAAAGUUGACAGAACGGGAGGUGAGAGAGAGAGAAGAGCGAAGAGUACAGUGCGUCAGCCUAAGAAUCGAGAUGCGAGAGAACCCAGAAGUAGGGAUAUAGGUGGAGCUGAUCAAUACGAACGAUAUGCCCCCCCACUCACAACACCAAGGGCCGGCCGUAGUACACGUGAAGGACCUGUGGACGAUGACUCAGAGCUUUACUCAAGAAACAAUACAGGACACGACCCAAGACACAAUCCAGGAUACGACCCAAGAUACGAUCCAAGACACGACCCAGGAUAUGACACAUCCCGGUAUUGA